AUGAACGACCCCGUGGUUCUGUUUGAAGAGCCGGCGCUUGAUCACGUCGUCGAGGGGAUCAGCGACGACGAGGACGGGGACAUCUACCGCGGCCCCGCUCCCCGCUCCCGCUCGCCUUCGCCCGCUCCCUCGGCCCACUCGACCUCUUCUUCGUCCUCGUCCUCCAGUUCUUCUUCUUCUUCGUCGGGAUUUGCCGGGCCCAUAGGCGCCAUCACGACUGCGGUGGAGCGAGCCAUACACCGCUGGGCUCGCGCAAAUUGGUCCACCUCUUCUCUCAGCAGCUCCGACACGGAAUCUUCAGACUCUUCCUUUCGUACCGCGAACAAGUCUGCGCGCACCCGUCGGCGCAGGCGUCGGCCCAGUCUUGCGGACUCAGCUCGGCAGUCCCAGUCUGAGCUCGAUGUCGCGGCUCGCCGGCGCGCUCGCGAAGAACGUCUGCAAAUACCCCGCGAAUUUGUCCUGUAUAUUCCCCCUGUCGUGUCGCCACAUGCGUCACCCGCCAUGAUCCCGUCGUCUAGUACUGCACGAUCAGCAGAGUUGAUCAAGACGGCUCGCUUGCAAGACGUUCUUGAUCGGCUCACGGACGCCCCACGCAAGUCUGGCAAGCCCCGUCGGCCACGGCGUCGGCAGCGGCUCGCACCCGGCCCGGGAAGUGACCGACCCGUUCCACCGUACAUGCUACCGCAACAGGAUUAUAUGAUUGACGAGGAAGUCACACCAGAGAGAUUGCCGAGUCCGCCGUCGAGGAAAGGGAAGGAGCGGGAAACCGCCAUGUACAAAUCACCUGAGGCUGUUGUGCAUGCAUCAGGAAGGGGACAGCGGGCUUGGUGGUUGGAUGUGGCCAGCCCGACAUGGGAAGACAUGCGUGCUCUGGGCAAGCUUCUACACCUUCAUCCUUUGACACUCGAGGACAUUCUUCAGCAGGAGACGCGCGAGAAGCUCGAAGUCUUUCCAAAGUUGGGCUACCACUUCAUUGUAUUCCGCGCCAUCAAGUCGUAUGAAGAGCGGUUACCGCAUGCGCUACUCAAACGUCCAACCGCCGUCAUCCCGACUGCGGAGAGCGUCGUGGAUGAGGUCUACGUCUAUCUGGUCGUGUUUAAAGACGGCAUCUGCACCUUCCACUUCAGUGACCUCUCAGAGCAUCUCGAUCGUGUGCGGAGCCGUGUGCAAGACAUGGAUAAUCCAGUCAAGAUGUCUUCAGCUUGGAUCGCGCACGGCAUACUGGAUUCCAUCGUCGACUCGUUCUUCCCCAUCCUCAAUCACGUCGAACUCGAAGCGCGGACCAUGGUCUUCGCCGAUGGUGUCGAGGAGCCUCUCCCGACAAACAGCGUCACCACAUCAGAUAGUACUUUGGUGCCAAGCGUCGAGAACCUGACCGAGAAGCCAGCGUCUGUACAUGGCGCCGAGAAGUUGCCAUCCUUCAACGAGAAGCAGUCGUUUGUCAAGAAGACCAAUAUCGCUGUGGCGAAAUACCAACCUCGCUUCGUGGCGCCUGCGUGGACCCCAGCACGCGUAUAUCGACGCGCGCGGCGUCUCUACAGGCGUGCUGUCCUGUGGGUGCGCAGUAAUCGCGAGGUAUACGCAAAGCAGACGCCGCCGAACGCAACUGCGACGAACCUGCGACGCAUGGCCCGUGCACGGCGUCUUGUCACGCUACUCGGGCGUGUUCUCGCGGCAAAGUCAGAAGUCGUCGCGCGGUUACGCAAGCGAUUGUUGACGUCGGCGGAGAGGGACGCGUUGGAUCAGGACGAGCUUGAAGUCGCCAUGUACAUGGGCGAUGUGCAAGAUCAUAUUCUGUCUCUGCAGCAUUCCCUGGCCCAUUACGAGCGCGUUCUCAGCCAGUCUCAUCAGACAUACCUUCAGCAGCUGCGCACUAUCGUGUCGCAAGGUCGCGGUAGUCAAGAUCAAGCCAUCCUCGCGCUAUCUAUCGUUACGGUCGGUGUCCUGCCCGUCCAAACCGUGACUGGCAUGUUCUCCAUGAACGUUCAUGUUCCCGGGAACGCCCUCGAUGGGACAAUAUACCGCGCAUUUCUUCUCGUUUUACUGGGCGCCGGUUGCAUCAUCGGAGGAUACGUCUCGCUGAUAUAUUAUUGGUGGCGAACGUCCACGCGCAAACGUAUCGCUGCUCUAUGA